AUGUACAACACUCAUUCUGAUAUUUGGGUUGCAGGUGCAUUUGCCGCAGUCGUAGUCGAUUUUGUCGUCUACCCUUUCGACACACUCAAGACCCGUGUUCAAUCCCUAGACUAUGAGAAGGUCUACAAAGAUGCGCGCAUAGGAGGAGUACGUCGCAAUGUGCUCUUCCGAGGAUUAUACCAAGGCGUCUGGAGUGUAGUUUUCUCAACAAUUCCAGCUUCUGGUGCAUUUUUUACCACAUACGAAGCUGUAAAGAGCCUGAUGUACAAUUCCUCAACACACUCCUCCAGGAACAUUACCAGUGGCAAAAGGACCUUCCCUGAUGGCUCUCUGAACAAUCUUCGCUUGCCUUUCACACACGCCCUCCCUACCCCCAUUAUGCACGGAAUUGCAUCUUCAACCGGGGAGAUGGUAUCAUGCCUCAUGCUCACGCCGGCAGAGGUAUUAAAACAAAAUGCGCAGAUGAUUCAAGGUUCCCAAACAAACAAAUCCGCUAUGGGACAAGUACUUUUGCGAUUUCGACGUCAUCCUUGGCGCCUAUGGAGUGGGUAUACGGCACUAGUUGGUCGAAACCUUCCAACUACAGCUUUACAAUUUCCGAUCUUUGAGUAUGUGCGAUCACAUCUAAUUGACCGUCGAAGACAACGGAAAGCAGCUCGGAGCAAUACUAGCCGGCCUCCAUCCGCGCAGUCAGAUCAACUAGUCGAACGGGCCGGCUUGACGGGGAUAGCUGCUGCAUUUUCGGGGACAGUCGCAGCGACAGUGACUACUCCAAUAGACGUGAUAAAGACCCGCGUUAUGCUUUCCGCAAGUGAUACUGGCGCUAGAUCCCAAGAUCAAAAUACUCAGGCUGGUACUCGUGGCAGUGCAGCGGUAUCUUCGGAGGCGCGAACGAAAGCCAAACCUAAUACAUCUCUCAUUUCUGUCGGUCGUGAUAUCAUACGUUAUGAGGGCAUACGUGGGUUGUUCAAGGGCGGGCUGAUACGGGCUGGUUGGACUGCGAUUGCAUUGGGCUUAUAUCUCAGUCUGUAUGAGGGAGGUCGUUUUUAUCUGGAGAAUAGAAGGAAGGAGAAGGACCGUGCCGGUGGGAAGCUUGGAAAGCGGGCCGACGAAGGCGAGGGGUCGUUU